ACAUAAUAUUGUUUUUCUAUUGCAUACAGUAGUUUUUCUUUCUUUCUAGCUAGCUAGACUAGUACUGUUAGUUGCUUGUCAUUGUCCUCCUGCGGUUGGAAAAGAGAGUGUUCUUCAAUGUACUGCCGGGAUUGCCUUCACCCGGUGUCAAGCACUGUGGAUAUCUAUCUUGUUUCGAAAUAUCUUUCGCAUAAUGUUGAUACUCGAGCAGCUACUAUCAACUGUAUGAUGAUAGAUCUAGAUGACUCUGGAACAAGUAUUCUGUCCACUCUCUCAAAGUAAGUUGAAAAGAAGACAUGCUGAUAAGAUUAGCCAAGGCGUUCAUGACAGAUGACACGGCCUACCAUACAAUUGCUGGAGUGGCUCUGGCUCUGGAGUAUGCUAUAAAGAGUUGAAUAAGGCCUUCUUGGCACUUCAAGCUGUUGAAACAGAGUAGCAUCUGUUUGUGAUUGUUGCAGUCGUGUGGGUUUGCAAAAGGAACGAACCUUCUUUUCGGUGAGAGGAGCAGAGAGCAAUCAUACAAUUCUACAAGGUGGGUUCUCCGGAUGAAGAUAUCACUGAUUGAUUGAUUGAUAUGUGGCCGCAUGGGACUUGAGUGCUAGUACUGGCUAGAGUAGAGUGGAUGCAGGCCAGCUGCUAACCUUUGUUCCACCUGAUAUAUUUGCUCCCACACCUUGACGUGAUUGCUGAGGGAGCUCCGGUUGCCGCCUUCCACAACGAGUUGGACGAAGAUCUUGAUACGGCAUGGCUGGCUAGCUAGGUAGCUGGCCUUGAAGAAGCUACAUGAUAUUACAAAUGCUCUAGAGUUCGAAGGGACCAGCCUAGCUACCGGUAGUACUGGCAUCUCGUGCCGAUAAGGGUUGCUAGCUAUGUGCUUUCUUGGUGUCUACAGAUUUACCGGUAUGGUACCAGUACCGCUGACGGGUACCGUACUACGGUAGUACUAAUUGUAAAAUAGAAACCGGAAGGAGCGAGGCUUAAGCAAAGGUACGUUCUGACGUUCUGACAAGCAAAAGAGGUGCGCGAGUGUACGACUGUGCUACUAGCUACCGGUACGGUAGUACGUUGUGCCCUGCUGCUUCCAGCUUGCUUGUAUGUACAAAGUAGUAAAGGCCGCCCACCAUAGAUCAUCGUUCAAUGGAUUUGGAUCAAUUGAAAGUGGGCUGUGAGUUGGCGCUGGUAAGUACUGCUCCAGCGGUUGGUUGGUUUCUGUCCAGAUAGCUACCGGUACCGGUAUAUCUGUCUGUCUGGCUACAGUGGUGAGAUUUGGAGAUGGAGGUCCGCUGUGUCGCCAUUGUUGUGGACUCAAGCUCCAAGAUUGGCUAAAAAUAUGGAUGCGGUUGAAAAGUGAGGAGAAAGGUCAUUCCGUUCAAGUAGUAUGGGUCAUUUCGACAGUGAGUCUUGCUCAAAGUCUCUUGAAAUUGACAAUGAUGAGCAAGUCAAAGCAAACAGUUUGGAGAGAUUUAACUAACUUGAAGCAAGUAAACCUAUGGAAUUAUGGAUGCGCGCAAAUAUCCGUGGGAGUGCGACCCGACAAUUCCCGCACCAGCCAUUCGGUACGGUAGCCAGUGCCGUACAACUUGUACCAGCAGCAACAUCUCUCGCACACACUAACCAAUAGAACAUCCUGGAAGAAGAAAACGAGGACAUCCGUCUUGCCACCAAGUCUUUUUGGUUUUCUACAAGAGCAAGAGGAGCAUUCGACGAAACUGAGUUGACAAAACUAGUCUAACUUUGACGCAUUCAAUGCUAUUGCUGGCCCAAGAGCCUUGACUGUACUGUAUCUGUGUGGCUACAGCUUCAUUAGUUUGUUUAUUACUCAUAACCAUAGCAUCCACCCGUUUUCCACCAUGUCUGCUACACGCGAAGCUUUGUCUCGAAGCAUGGCCAACCUUGACUUUGACCCGGAGCAAGGGAAGCGACGAGCUCGAACCAAUCGGUCUAAACGUGACAUGAGUGCUUCCUGUUCCGCCUUUAACUUCAUCUUGGACAAGGACGAGAUGGAGCAAGCGGCCGGCACUGGCAAGAGUGGCAAGCGAAGCACAAAGUCUAGCAGCGGAAAACCGUCGUACAGCGACCUCAUCAUGGACGCAACCUCCAAGUCUCAUCAGUAUCAGCAGUCUGGAAGGAACCCCACAGCUGUGGCAGAAGGGGAAGAGUCAGAUGGAGAGGCAGCCGUUGAAAAUCGUCGUUCAUCCGACACCACCAACAAGUCGAAUGAGUCCAACAACAGCAGCAAGAAAAGCACAGAAGAAACCAUUCGGGAACUUGUCACUGCAUCUGCUGAACGGAAACCCAGCCGAGUAAUCCCCACCAGCAACGACUUUAACAAUCAUCAACGGCCCAAUAAUAGAACGCGAGGACUUGCGCGAUCCAAGUCCUCCAAUUCCUAUUCCAAUCUACGCUCGAGUCGAACCAACAAAGACGGCGGAGAACCACCGUCUCCACCCAAGACACGCCGUGCCCGCAAGUUGUCCCGCGAUACCAACAAACCCUCUCGCAAUAAUCUUCACAUGAGCAUGACGACGGACUUUCCCCGCCCUUCCGAGAUAGAUGCCGAACCAACAACAAAGUUGUCUCCCCGUAGCAAGCGCGCCGCCAAGGCCAAAUCCACCCGAGACUUUUCCAAAUCCUUUGCCGGAUUUGACGACUGGAACCCGCACGAGUUGAAUGCCGAGGCAGUGGCAGUGGCAGCUCCUCGCAAAGGCAGACGACCCGUCGAGAAAUCGUCGUCGAAAGACCAAGAUGAAUUUGCGGCCUUUUUGGAAGAACGCAAUUCCGAGAAUCAAAACAACAACAACAACAACAACUCGUUCUCGAAUAGCAGCAAUAAUAAUCCACGGCUGCACAAUUCGUUCAGUGGUACCUUUGACAAUUCUCUUUCCGAAUUGGAUCUUUUCAAUAUCGCCGGAGAGCAGGAGCAGCCGCCGAGGGAAGAGGAGCAAGAAGAAGAAGAAAAGAAGAUCGUCAAGAAAAAGAGCAGCAAGUCAUGCCACGGCAAAGAGAAACGCUCCAAACGAGCCAAGCCACAACAAUCGCGGCACGACCGCUUCGCCAAGUCCUUUUCGUGCUUUGACCUGACACCGCACGAUCUCGUCAGCACUACGAGUGGAUCUUCCUCCACGGACGAUGCGGCGGCAAAAAGCCGGCGAUCCAGUCAGAAACUGGACCCUACCGAUUUUUUUGCAAAUGACGACAGUAAUAUGGACAAUGUCACGGUGGCAACCGCUGUAGCAACACAAAAGGUUUCUGCGGAAGAAUUUCAUAAACAACAAUCGAAUUCGUGGAGUGCUGCCUCCAUGGAGCAAGGCGAAGAGUCUCCCACAGAAGACAACAACAACAACAACAAGGCUAUAUCGAAGAAAUCAUCGAGAAACCGACGGGACGGGCAUCAUCGAAGCAGUGCGAAUAGUCGACAGGCUACUAGUACUAGCAAAGGACAACGAGGAUUGCGUCGAUCGAAAAGCGAAAAGGAACGGCCCAAUAAAACGCGAAGUACCAGCAAAACACCGGAAAAGCAGGCAAGGGGCUCCAGCAAAGGUCCGGCGCACAACAACAACAACAACAACAACAACAACAAGAGCCAUCGAAGUGCCAGUAAAGACCGCGGAAUGACCAAACGUAGUUCCAGCAAGGAUACGCCACGCAGAAGCCGACAUCCCAGUCAGGGGCCAAUGCGAAGAGCCAGUCAAGGAAUGGAUCCUGCUGAGGAGAAGGGUCUUUCUCGCGGUGUGAGUCGUGAUAGCAAGGAGAAACGUCGUCGGUCCACCAUGGGGCUAGUAUCGAACGACGUGAACGAAGACGUUCACAAUAAUGAUCCUGCCCCCGCACCUGAACGUCGAAUGGCCCGUAGAGGGAGCAAUCCGGAGGAGGCUACCACGAGUAGCCCUCCUCAACGACGUGCGCCUCGAAGGACUCGAUCAACUGACGGCUGUGCUAUGAAACCCAUGCGGGAUCGUUCCACUGCGACGGCUGCGACAGUAACGGAAGGCCGCCUCGGUGGACGCCGUGGACCUCGCAGAACCAAAAGCACGGAUGGAGGCACCACCUUCGUGCGUCGAGGAAGCACGGGCAACUUUACUUCCGACGUCGAGCACAAUUUGCAUAAAUCGUUGUCCAAAUUGCCUCGAGAUGCGCUGCCUUCUCACUCAUUUUCCGGUGGGGACACCAUUGUGUCCGAGUCGACAACAAGCCGUAGCAGUGGCGAGGGUGGUAAGAUCAAGCCAACCACGCGUCGUAAGAUGCCGCAGCGCUCCAAAUCGUCGCAAGACUUUGGUUCGAGCAUGACGUUCACUCGACGAACAACUCGCGAAAGAGGAGACAGUACAAAGGAAGGCCGAGCAACGAAACAACAUCGCUCGAACAGCUCCAAAGAUAUCCUUGGAAGGGCGGAAAGACGAGCAAUGGCUCACAAGUUAUUGGUGGAUUAA